GAAACUUUUGAAACGUAUUUUUCAGAGACGCAGAUACCGGCGAUGUGGCCAACUGAAGGACGUAUUGUUUUCGACAGGGUUUAUUUACGGUAUGCACCCGACGAGGAGCCUGUGCUCAGAAAUUUAAAUAUUCAAGUCGAGAAUGGAUGGAAGGUUGGUAUUGUAGGAAGGACAGGGGCUGGUAAAUCGUCAUUAAUAUCAGCCAUGUUUAGAUUCGCCUAUCUUGACGGAACAAUAUCGAUCGACGGCCUCGACACCUCACUAGUAUCGAAGCAGGGGCUUCGAUCGAAAAUUUCGAUUAUACCGCAAGAACCAGUCUUAUUUUCUGCCACUAUUAGAUAUAAUUUGGAUCCUUUCAAUAUCUACAGCGACGACGACCUUUGGAGGGCAUUGGAGCAAGUCGACAUGAAAUCCGCAGUCCCAUCACUAGAUUUCAAAGUAACAGAAGGUGGCGCGAACUUCUCUGUGGGCCAAAGACAACUUAUGUGUUUAGCGCGAGCGGUGCUUAGGUCUAAUAAGAUUUUAAUUAUGGACGAGGCCACUGCCAACGUGGAUCCACAGACUGAUAACUUCAUUCAGCAGACCAUAAGACGGCAAUUCGCGUCCUGCACCGUCCUGACCAUUGCUCACAGGCUCAACACUAUUAUGGAUUCUGACAGAGUUCUGGUGAUGAAUACCGGGCAGGUAGCUGAGUACGAUCAUCCUUACAUCCUACUCUCAGAUCCCAACAGUCAGUUCUCAUCCAUGGUGCGAGAGACCGGUGAGAAGAACAGCGCCAAGCUCUUCCAAGUGGCCAAAGACGCUUACUUUCAGAGCAAUCUGAAAGAAAACGCGAGAUGAAAUAUAUGAUGGCGAACACACCGGCGUGCAGUGUGACGACAAUAUUUCAUGGUGAUGAAUACAAACAUAUCUAUAGUUCGUAAUCGAAUCACAAUCCCCAGAAAUAUUAAGAAGUAGACUGUAAAUAUAUACAAUUACCUAUACAUGGAUAAUAAUAAAAAAAUAUUUUUAUACAA